UUUUAAGUUUUUAUGUUGAACGGUAGUCUAGUUUACUAGGUGAGUUUGAACGUCGCUAGCUCGACUACUGUUGCCUUAAAACACCAUACAGAAGCCCAACGAACAGAACCUGCACAACACCGGAAGUCUUUCAAUGUUACACAUAUCCCGGUUACUUUGUAAAGAGAGAGCCAAAAAUGACGUAAACAUCCUAUUCUUGUGUGUCAUUCCGCUUGCAAAAAAUAGUUUCUACGACAAAAAAUGGCUUCCACAUCAAACUCGGAGUCGCCGUCUGUGUCUGACUUGGAAAAAAGCAGGAGUGGACUUUGCGAGGAGUUCGCCACUAUAACGGGAACUGAUAGCGCCGUGGCUCAAUGCUACCUGGCUGAAAAUGACUGGGAGAUGGAGAGAGCUGUAAACUCAUUCUUUGAGGCGGACAUGGAGAGAAUAUUUGAGGAAGACUUUCAGGAGAGUGACUGCGUCCCUCCGAAAAAAAAGCAAAAGGUCGAGGAAGAACCUUCAAAGGAGUGCAUCGAUUUGACCGGAGACAGUCCAGUUGCACGAAAGCCACCAGAUGAAGAUGAUGGCAAACUGUCCCUGAUCUCCUGGAACGUGGAUGGACUAGACACGGACAGCCUGGCAGAGCGUGCCAGAGGCCUCUGCUCCUACUUAGUGCUAUACACCCCUGAUGUGGUAUUCCUGCAGGAACUCAUUCCACCUUAUGUUCAAUACUUGAAGAAACGGGCUGUCAGCUACCUCAUCAUUGAAGGUGGUGAAGAAGCUUACUUCACAGGAAUGAUGCUAAAGAAAUCCAGAGUAAAAUUCUUGGAGAGUGAGAUCGUAACUUAUCCCACCACACAGAUGAUGAGGAAUCUACUUGUAGCUCAGGUGACGUUCAAAGGUCAGAAGUUGUGCCUGAUGACUUCCCACCUUGAAAGCUGUAAAGGCCACGCUCAGGAGCGGAUGAAGCAGCUGCACAUGGUGAUGCAGAGGAUGAAAGACGCUCCUGAUGAUGUCGCCGUCCUGUUUGGAGGGGACACGAAUCUGAGGGACACCGAGGUAGCCAAAGUGGGCCUGCCGUCUGGCGUCUGUGACGUGUGGGAGCGACUGGGCAAGCAGGAGCACUGCCGCUACACAUGGGACACCAAGGCCAACAACAACAAGACCGUUCCCUUCGUCAGCCGCUGCCGCUUCGAUCGCAUCUACCUCCGGCCAGCCUCCAAGGAAGGAGUACCACGUCUGGCCCCGGAUCACAUGGCCCUAAUCGGACUGGAGAAGCUGGACUGUGGCCGCUACACAAGCGAUCACUGGGGCCUUUACUGCAGCUUCACCGCAGGGUAGAAACACUCGAAAUAGCUGGAAGCAUUUUAGCGAACAUCUGCUGCUCCGUUUUUUUCAUUGAAAAUAGGCCCGAGCUGACAUUUGUUGCUUGUUAAUGUUGGGUCCUGAUUUGUUUUAUCUCCAUGCAGUUUUAAGAUGAGUUAAUAAAAACAUUCGUACUGUUUGGAAACCACAGCUGAGGUCGAAAUUUCAUGCCUUCCAUCCGACUCCCAUAAAACCGCUGACAGAAAAAUACCACCGUGAGGCGUGACAGCAGCCUGAAUCUUUUCACAUGCUCCUGUCUUAAUGAUGAAGGUGACUGCAACAAGUUUUUCUCUUCACACAACAAAAAACUAAUAAAUGUACAUUUUGUUCUUAUCAAA